GCAAUGACAGCUUCAGUCCAUGUGACCAUUCCGGAUGCGCGAUAUCCUUUCCGAUCAAUUGACGAUGAUACGAGCGGGAUAAAUUUUCGUUUCGCGUUUUCCGUCUCGCGUGCAUGUAUACACGACGCUUAAUUAGAUAUACAUACUUAACAAUCCCGACGAAGUUGCUAAUACGAACGGUGAACAAACGCAUUGCGAGCGGCGGCGGUGAGCUAAUAAAAAACCGAAACGGAAUAUAUUUGGCGACGUGCCAGCCGAUAGUCCUUGCCGAAGGACUCGUGGAUUAAAAAUAUCAGUGCAGCAAUUUUAUAACCCGAUAGAUAGAUAGAUAGAGAGAGAGAGAGAGAGACGUCAUGACUCAUCAAGUAGUACGAUUUGUCGCCGAUUUAAAAGAGAUAAGUCGCCGAAAAAGAGAGAUGGGGAACAGGUUUUCGUGCGCCUCGUGUGCAACGAUCAGAAGUAUGAUCGACAGGUAUUUUCAAAAAACGUCCGUCGUUUCUCGCAGCCAACGCAUGUCGUGCGCGAGUUUGUUCAUCCGGCUGAUGUGGCGCGAUUAUUGAGACUGACGUUAGUCAUUAGAUCGUUAGUAAUUAAUCCCUGCGUGGUGCCAAGGUGAUCUCUCUUGUCUAGCGUUGUGCACUAACCGACAGAAUAGUUGCUUUAACACGCGCUGUAAUUAGGUUACCGUGGUGUAUUUUACAACAGUACAGUACAGUAGUUUCGAUACGGUUUGGACGCUUUUUUUUUUUCUCUCGACGCAGUUCGAAAUGCAUCCGACAGCUCCAUGUGAGAGACCUUGAUUCUGAAUAAUUCCUAGAAGUCUGGCUCUCUUAUUGGAUAUACGCUGCGUCCGAAACUGCAUUCAGACAAGAAAAAUGCUAGAAUCGGCAAGAUGGUGGUUGUAUCGGAAAGAGGAUACUUCCAUUGGAUCGAUUGGCUCGUGUUUGCGCUUAUGCUCGUCGUGUCCGCCGCAGCCGGCUUAUGGCACUUCAGAAGGGCGCAAAAGUCGAACACGCAGGACUACCUGCUCGGCGGGAAGAGCUUAGGACUCUUCCCCGUGUCCGCGUCUCUCGUUGCCAGCUUCAUAUCAGGCGUGACGAUUCUGGGCACUCCGGCGGAAAUCUACAACUUUGGCACGCAAUAUUGGAUCACGAUCAUAUCGAUCUUGUUCUGUGGCCUCGUCGUCGCCACCGUUUAUCUCCCGGUCUUCACCACCUUGAGGCUUAGCUCCGUUUACGAGUACUUGGAAAUCAGAUUCAGUCGAGCCGUACGGAUUCUCAUUUCUUUCAUUUUCGUCUUCGACGUGAUACUCUACCAAUCGAUCGUCGUGUACGUUCCUGCGCUGGCGUUGAAUCAAGUGAGCGGUAUCGACAUACAUUUGAUCGGGACGAUCGUCUGCGCCGUCUGCGUGUUCUAUACCGUUUUGGGCGGUAUUCGAGCGGUGGUCUGGACGGACGCCCUGCAAGUCGGCGUGAUGGUGGCGGCAGUGAUCUCGGUGACCGCUCUAGGAACCUAUCAGCUCGGGGGAGUGUCCGAAGUCUGGAACAGAGCCACUGAAGUCGGUCGCAUCGAGUUCCUCAACUUCGACCCGUCGCCCUACACCCGGCACACCGUCUGGACGGUGCUGUUCGGCUCUUGGCUGUACUGCACCGCAUACAUCUCCGUCAAUCAGACCAUGGUGCAGCGAUACAGGUCGUUGGAGAGCACAAGAAUGUCGCAGUGGUCCAUCGCGUUAUUUACCGUCGGCAUAAUGGUGUUUAUCUCGCUGUGUUGCUGGUGCGGACUGGUCCUCAUCGCUUGGUGGUCGCCGCCGAAAUGCGAUCCAAGAGCUUCUGGCUUAAUUACGGCCGACGAUCAACUACUGCCGGCUUAUGUCAUGGAGAUAGCCCACCAUUUGCACGGGAUACCUGGCCUCUUCGUUGCCGGGAUUUUUGGCGCGGCACUCAGUUCGUUAUCGGUGGGCCUCAACUCGACGUCCGUUGUGAUUCUAGAGGACUUUGUGAAGGGUUGCUUCAAAAUGAAGCCUAGCGAACGAUGUUCCGGCAUCUUCGUGAAGCUCCUCGUUGUCCUGCUCGGCCUGCUCGCGUUGAGCUUCGUUUUCCUGGUCGAGAAGCUGGGCGGAGUUUUGUCCGUGACAAACAGCCUGGCCGCCGUCGCUGCCGGAACCUCCUUCGGUGUGUUCACUUUGGGAAUCUUGUUCCCAUGGGCAAAUUCCAAGGGUGCCUUCGUCGGCACCAUCGCCGGAUUUACGAUAUCCGGCUGGGCCAGUUUCGGGGCGAAUGCGGCCAUCGGCUCAGGUGUCUUGACACCGAGGAAACUACCAGUUUCCCACUGCGGAAACGUCAGCGAAGACUUUCUAAAGAUGUUCGAGUAUUCUGAUGAAUCGAACGUGUUCCCGCUGUACCGGUUAUCGUAUCAUUGGUUCGCUCCUCUCGGCACGGUGGUGGUGUUGCUGGUGGGCGGAUUGGUCACCUGGAUAACAGGUGCGAGGGAUCCCUCGUCCGUCGACAGGACCUUGCUCUCGCCGGUGAUUCACAGGUGGUUACCGCAGCAAAAGUAUUCGAAUGGAGUAAGCGAAUGGUGUCAGGCGUCGGUCGACCAGCAAGUCUCGGCCGAUUUAUUUAUGACGAGCCUACGUCGGAAAUCGCACCCUGUCGUUAAGAGAGGAGAACAGACGCUCGCGAACGGAUCGUUGUGACCGGCCGGAUAGUUAUGAUAAAUUAUAGUAAACCGGCCCAAUCACGAGAUUCCCGAAUCCUCCCGAGAUAGCUCCGUCAUCUCUUCUUUUACAAUUGUUCUCUAUUUUCCAAGUACGCAUUUACCCGAUGACGAGAUAGGCGACCGUGCGACAUAGAAAAUAAACGCGCUACCCUCAGGUUUGUAGAACGUUUCCCGACGGUUAUCAAGUAGGACACGCUAGUUUUAAUCGAUCGCGUGAUUAACUCGCAAUUUUUAAGAGCAUCUAGAAGAUAAGAUAUAAAGCGAUAUUUUUGAUAUAUCAGUAUAUGCGUGACACGUAUCACACUGAUAGAAGAUUACAAUUAGUUUCGGCGGCAAACAUAUUUUACAGUAGUGAUACAACAUGCACGUAAUUAAGAUGUAUUACGUAAUUAAUAAUGUACUUACAUGCAUAAUUAUGUUACUGUAUUGUCACAGACAUUAUAGUAACGCUUAAUAGACAAAUGAUUCUUCUAAUUAUUUUUGUGAAUGGCUAAAGGUUAUAUUUGGCGUCGAAACUAACUGUAAUUUUCUACCAGCGCACGCGGCAAUUUAGACUAUGCGACCUACUGUAGGUAUAUUUAUAUAUACCUUGUGUAUAGAAUAAGUAGAAACCGAAAUAAACUGCCCACGGAUCGUGGUAGUUGAUGAACUUUAAUUCACGCUCGUUCUUCGUAUCGUUCUGUACGCUCGAUCGCUCGGUACGGCGAUCUUGAGCAUUUUCGCGUGCGUAACUCGCGGCCGGAAAAAAGGGACGUUCAAGCGCGAUCAAGCCGUAUUGAGUCGUUCAAACGUUAUGAACGUGCGAGCGCUCGCCACGCAUGCAUUCGCGACACGAAUUCGCGCCGCUAAGUGACGAAGCAUUUAUUUAAUAUCCAGAUGAAUCCCCGCGUCGAUGCGCGUGCAGAAAGCCCAGGGAGAAUUUUUCGCGCGGCACACGUGAUCGUGACGGGGCGGCACGUCCUAAAGAAAAUUGCGAUUCGCAAGUUGCGUACGCGGGCUUUAUUAAGCGCGCUUCAUGCGCCAUUUGCAUUCGUCUGGGCGGCUGAUAGAUUCGGAAUUUCCACGUACGUUCUACGUGGCUUAUAUUAUAUGUAUAUACACACACACACACAGACACAUAACGCGGAGGAAUCGUGUGGAGACGCGCGCGUAGAGUCGCGCGCUCGCGUUGAAACGCGGAAACGCGUGGGCGGCGGCGGCGACGGCGGCGGCAACGGCGGUGGCGGAGGGUCGGAAAAGGGACCCGGGGGCUCGGAGAGCGAAAGGGGUAGAGAGUGGCUGAGGUGGCGCGCUACAGAGACGGAUAUAGACGGAUAGAGGCGGAUAGAGAGAGGUCGCGAGGCUUGAAUGGGGCUAGUUUGAGAUAGUUAGCGGGCCUUCAGGGGCACAAUCGGCCGCGAUUGGCGGGCCUACAAUCACACGUCGCAUUAUAUGUCCAUCAACGCGGCGGAUCUCGCAAAUACGUUAUAGCGCGAGUGAGUGAGCGAGCGAGAGAGGGAGAAAAAGAGAAAGCGUACACCAACGAGCGGUCGUCGGCCGCAAAAAUGCUGCGACGCGUUUCGCACUCCGUCUCAUUUUUUUCGGCCGCUCGCUGCUACGCGACGGUUUUUACGUCCCACCUUUGUCCGUCCCCGUUUGAGAUCAAAACGCCUCGCUUCGACGUCGGUCGUCGCGCGUUACAGUCUCAUCCCGGAGCUCCUCGAGCUCCAACGACGAGCUUAUCGACGAUAACCGGUGCGAGGGUAGAAAUUAGUAAGGGAGAGAGAAUACACUCUCCUGCACGUGUAUAUUUUUUUACUCGAUCGCGACGCUCGUAAAGCGAGUGUCGUGCGAGUUAAUGAGAGCGUUCGGUCGGUGGGGGAGGGACGAAAUUCGUGAGUGUUGUCGCAGAGAGAUACGUCGUCGCGCGAGAGAGAUUCGGGAAACGUCGACUAAUAAAUUCUUAAUACACGGCAAUUCGGGCUCUUUCCGAGUACGCCGAUGACUCCGUCCGUCCGUCCGUCCGAGGAAAAUGUUCCGCCCGAGAGAGGCAGACACGGGACAUUCGUCCGGGGGCGAGUUGUCCCGUAUGCAAAUUCGUUUUAUUGUCGCGGCACAGAGAGAGAGCGGACUCGAGCAGACGUGGACCCAUGUAAACGGUCAUCUUCGCUACCCGCCUUAAUUUCAUUCAUGCCCCGCUGCCCUCCGGCCUCCCUUCUCUCUCUCUCUCUCUCUCCCUUUCUGUCCCUCCUUCUCCCUCCCCCCGCCCCACUUUAAUUACUGCCAAUUGCCCUUGCCGCACGCGAAUUAUGUCAUUUCCACAUGAGCAGCACUUUAGUGAAAUUUUCGCUAGGUAGUCAGAAAUGAGACGACUGCAGCCUCGGUCCUCUCUUCCCAAACCCUCGGCGCGCCCUCCGUCCGUCCGUCCUAGCGGGUGUAGCGUAAUAAGGGAAUAAUUAAUUAACUGCACUCCCGCGUUUCGUUUUUGCGCGCUUCGACCCUCGGCGGAAUAAAAUUUACGUGUGUCCCGGGUAUUAAUUAAGUGUCCGUGUACUCCUUUUUACGGGAGCGGGCCGCGACACGGUGCGACGAGCGUGCACGCGCACGCAGACUACAACCACGAUGCGAUCGCGAUCGAAAAUAAUCUUGCAGAGGAACAUUUACGAGUGUAACUCCGCUCCCGUCAAUUUCCCGCGGCGUAGUUAUAAUUUCGCAUUUGUGUAAGAGAUUAUAAUCGUACUUUUUUUUUUACUAUGUAAAUGGCACAUUAAAAGAAAUCUCUUAAUCGUA